AUGUUGGAAAAUUCGUAUGUUUGGCCCUCGUUAGAGGUUCUGCUGUACAGUUUCUGGUUUGACUCUUGUCCCUCGCCUCUGAGGCUGAAGAAGAAGAAGAAGAAGAAGAAGAAGAAGGAGAAGAAGAAGAAGAAGAAGAUGUGCUUCGUUGGCAGAAAGGAGACAAAGCAGCGCGGGUCGAUGGCUGUGGGGGUUGGAUGGUACGUGUUGUCGAUUAUGGGCCGGCGGAGGACCCUCCCCAACAUCGACUCCCCGGACUGGGGCCUCCGCAUGCAGGCGGAGAGGCAGGCCGUCAACUUCGUGGUUCAGGGCUCUGCUGCUGAUCUCUGUAAGAUGGCCAUGAUCCAGAUCUUCAACCUGGUCUCUACCUCCAGCUCGCCGUCUGCCAGGCUGCUCGCACAGCUCCACGACGAGCUCCUUUAUGAGGUGGAGGACUCCCAGGUGGAGCCGUUUGCAGCUCUGGUGAGAAGCACCAUGGAGUCCCUCCAGCACAUCGACCACCUGGGAGUCCACCUGAAAGUGCCCCUGAAGGUGUCGGUCUCCAGUGGGAAGUCUUGGGGAUCCAUGUCUGAGCUCUUACCUCCUUCUUGAAUCCCAUCUCUCCUCCUUCCUUCCUCUCCACCUCCAUCAAACAUAUUUCCCCAUAUUCCCCAUAUUUCCUCCCCUUCUUCCUCCUCCCAAAACCCUCCAGAGCUCUCCGGGCCUCUCGUUUAAUUUCAGCCCUCCCUCCCUCCAUCUCUCUCUCCUCUCUGCGUCCUGCAUCCGCGUCGCCAUGGAAACCGGGCAGCUGCAGCUCCAUCCGUAUCCUCGGGCAACGGCAGGAGCCGGAGACCGACCGGAUCGCACCGGUUUCUUUCCCACCAUCUCUCGCUUUUUUCUCACACCCUCGUUAAGACAAAAAAAAGACAAUCCUCUGCUUCGUUACUAAGGUGAAGUUUCCUGGUUUUGAAGGG